CUUCGAUCUUGUCAAACUUAGACAUUAUUUUGACUGGUUUUACUAAAUUUCUAUAAAGAAUUGAUCAAUUAUAAUUCUAGGUUGAAGAUGGGGUUUCUUCAUAUUCUAAAGAAAAUGAAACAAAAGGAGAAAGAAAUGCGAAUACUUAUAUUAGGUUUAGAUAAUGCUGGUAAAACAACUAUACUCAAGAGGUUGAAUAACGAAGAUAUUAGUACUAUUUCGCCAACAUUAGGGUUUAAUAUAAAAACAUUGUACCAAGGUGGAUUUACGUUAAAUAUGUGGGAUGUUGGAGGCCAAAAGUCUUUGAGAUCAUAUUGGAAAAACUACUUUGAAAGUACUGAUGGGUUAAUAUGGGUUGUGGACAGUGUUGAUUCCAGGAGACUUGAUUCUUGUAAAGGUGAACUUCAUGAACUCUUGGUGGAAGAAAGGUUAGUAGGAGCUUCUCUUCUUAUUCUUGCGAAUAAACAGGAUCUACCUGGUGCUUUAUCCCUGGAGCAAAUAAAAGAUGUAUUGGACUUGGAUUCUAUUAAAACACAUCACUGGCAAAUUAUUAGUUGUUCAGCUGUUACUGGUGAACAUCUAGUUGAUGGUAUCAAUUGGUUGGUAAAUGAUAUUUCGUCAAGAAUAUUCCAAGUUGAUUAGGAAUUUGUUAUACAACAAUUUUUCUAAUUCAUACGUUGUAUUAAAGUAUUUUUAUAACUAGAU